AUGAAAACAGUCGUUCCCUUAGUGUCUGGUUUGGCCCUAUCUUGCGGGUUGGCCAGCGCCUUUUCGUUCCAGAAACCCGUUGCGUUCGGCGGCAAGGACGGUAAGAGCUUGUUGAAUCAAGCGAUCGAUGCGUUAGGUUUGGACCGCAAUGACGUUUUGGGGUCUCUUUCCAGCGAGUUGAAGACGGUUUGGGAUGAGAUCCCACUCAGGUUCCCUGCGGAGAUGUCUGAUUUGCAGUUUGAGACCAAGCCGAGACCACACAGUCUGAGGAAGUCCAGCGCUGCGGACUGGGACUUUGUUGUGCAAAGCGACGAGGUGGAGGACUAUCAGCUGCGUGUGAACAAGAUCAAGAACCCCAAGAAGCUGGGUAUCGAUCCCGAUGUGAAGCAGUAUUCGGGCUACUUGGAUGUUGAGGAGGAUGACAAGCACUUUUUCUUCAUGGCGUUUGAGAGUAGAAACGACCCUAAGAACGACCCUGUGAUUCUGUGGUUGAAUGGUGGUCCCGGUUGCUCCUCCUUGACGGGUCUUUUCUUCGAAUUGGGCCCUUCCUUCAUCGAUGAAGAUCUGAAACCACGUUACAACCCAUACUCUUGGACAUCUAAUGCCACCGUUAUCUUCCUGGAUCAGCCAGUAAAUGUUGGCUACUCAUAUUCCUCCUCGAGUGUUUCGAAUACGGUGGCUGCUGGUAAAGAUGUGUACGCGUUUUUGCAACUUUUCUUCGAGCAGUUUCCAGAAUACACGGAAAAUGGCCAAACUUUCCAUAUUGCUGGUGAGUCUUAUGCUGGUCAUUACAUUCCUGUUUUUGCAACAGAAAUUCUGUCCCAUCCAAAUAGAAAUUUCAAUUUGACCUCUCUUCUCAUCGGUAACGGUUUAACGGAUCCUUUAACCCAGUAUCCGUUCUAUGAGCCAAUGGCUUGUGGUGAAGGUGGCGAACCUGCGGUUUUGUCGCCAGAGGAAUGUCAAGGUAUGGAUGAUUCUUUGGAACGUUGUCUAAGUCUGAUUGAGUCAUGCUACGAAUCAGAAUCAGUCUGGACUUGUGUCCCUGCAGCAAUCUAUUGUAACAAUGCAGAAAUUGGACCUUACAGUAAAUCUGGUAGAAAUGUUUACGAUAUCAGAAAGGAUUGUGACGGCUCCGAUCUCUGCUACGAAGAGUUGCAAUAUAUUGAUGAUUACUUAAACUUGGAGGAAGUCAAGGAAGCGUUAGGUGCAGAAGUUGAUCAUUAUGAAUCUUGUAAUUUUGAUAUCAACAGGAAUUUCCUAUUUGCGGGUGACUGGAUGAAGCCAUACCACCGGGCGGUCACUGAACUUUUGAAUCAAGAUAUCCCAAUCUUGAUCUAUGCUGGUGAUAAGGACUUUAUUUGUAACUGGCUCGGAAAUCAAGCAUGGACUACUGUUCUGCCUUGGAAACAUCAAGAGGAAUUUGCUGCAGAACCAAUUCGUUCGUGGAAGGCUUCCAUCACUGGAGAAAAAGCUGGACAAGUCAAGAGUUUUGAUCGUUUGACUUUCCUCAGAGUUUUCGGAGCGGGUCAUAUGGCACCAAUGGAUCAAUCAGAAUCUGCUUUGAGCAUGCUAAAUGAAUGGAUCUUCGGUAAUUAUACUUUGUGA